GAGAAAAGGAGGACAGAUCGGAGGCAGGAAGCAGGAGGCGCUCCUUGCAGUCAGGAGGAUGCUGCUCUGACAUGCGGACCUUCUCCUCCGACGUUAUCGGCUCUUACCUGCCCGACUGACCGCAGAUCAGCCAGCAAACACCCCUGGAGAUAAUCUUUUCCUUCUUGUUUCAGCCUCUCCGCGCCUUUUGCUCCGCUCUGGACCGGCUUUUUGUCGCCAUGCCGCCGACUGCCUGCUCGGUCCGGCUCCGCAGCACCUUUCCCGCGGUGCUGUGGAUCGGGCUGCUGUGGAGCAGCGUCUCAGCAGGAGACAAAGAAGUCCCUACAGCCUUGCCUUCAACCCAGUCUCCAAUGGUGCCACCAGGUAGCACAAAGGAAGGCAGCACAAAAGGCAAAAGUUCCAGCAUCGCAGCAGGAGGUUUGCUACACUCUGUGUUGGCCCAAAAACGACGUCUGGUGUCCCAGAAAGGGGACAUCCUUCCCUCUGCUUUGCCCCAGAAUCUGCUCCCCCUUCUGGGCAGAGGACUCAGUGUCAGCUCCUUCCCUGGAAGUCAUCCCCUGGAGCAUCAAAGCGGGGGAUUACCAAGGAGGGUAAAGCCCCCACCUCCAACUGCAGUGUCAAGCCAAGGCAGCCAUCCAACUCCAUCUUCUCCCACGGGCACAAACUCUCAGCCAGCACACACACAGACACACUCCCCCAAACCAGAGGCUGACAUCUCCACGGUGAGCACCGUGCCAGACAUGGACACAGACACCGAAAUACCGUUAUCAGCUGCGUCCAGCUGCAUGGUGAAUUUUUCCGACCCAGAGGGAUACAUCGACUCCUCCGACGAACCCCCUCUGCCUGUCGGCACCGUCCUGCACUGCACCUACACUGUGACCGUGUACACCGGCUAUGGAGUGGAACUGCAGGUGAAGAGUGUGAACCUGUCAGACGGCGAGCAGCUGUCCAUCAGAGGUGUCGAUGAGCGAGGUGCCCUGCUGGUUCUGGCCAACCACACACUGCUGGUGGAAGGUCAGGUGAUCCGCAGUCCCACCAACACUCUGUCGGUCUACUACGGCUCUGCGCCCGAUGGGAGCAUGGGCAUCUUCCAGCUGCACUAUCAAAUUUUCAGGCUGAGCUGCUCGCUGCCGAAGAGGCCUCACUUUGGGGAGGUGUCUGUGCUGGACCUGCUCCCUGGAGGCGUUGCCCGCUUUCACUGCCACAUGGGUUACCACCUGCAGGGGGAGCCACUGCUCACAUGCAUCAACGCGUCCCUGCCAGUGUGGAGCGGCACGGAGCCGACCUGCAGGGCUCUUUGUGGAGGCACGGUGAAGAAUGCAACAGUAGGAAGGGUGCUGUCCCCCUCUCCCCACCAUGGACCUAACUCCACCCUGGACCGCUCCUGCUCCUGGUCCCUGGAGGCCCCUAAGGACCAGAGGUUGCACAUGCACCUGGAGAGACUGGCAUUGGAGCCGACUGACCGGCUGGUGUUGUGGAGCGGGCUGGACGCCGGCUCUGUGGUUUUGUUUGACUCGGCUCGGGGCGGACAGAUACCUUUUGAGGGAGUGAUCAGCGAAGGUCCAGCUGUAAGGAUCCAGUUCAUCACUGACCAGCCCAACCACAACACAGGAUUCAACAUCCGCUAUGAAGCUUUCGAGCGUGGCCACUGCUACGAGCCGUACCUCCAGAAUGGAAACUUUACAACCUCUGACCCCAUGUACGGGGUUGGAGCUGUGGUCCAGUUCACCUGUGACCUGGGCCACUCUUUGGAACAAGGCCCGCCUGUAAUUGAGUGCAUCAGCGCCAGAGAUCCAUACUGGAACGAUACAGAGCCACUGUGUAAAGCUCAGUGCGGAGGCGACCUGACUGGUCCAGGAGGAGUGAUCCUGUCUCCAAACUGGCCUGAGUGGUACGGAGAGGGAGAGGACUGCAGCUGGAGGAUUCACGUUGGCGAGGAUAAACGAGUGCUACUCGAUGUGCAGCUACUGAACAUCAGCGACAGCGACAUGUUGACCAUCACUGACGGAGACGAGGUCACGACCCGUAUCCUGGGACGCUACGUUGGAGGCAGCAGCCCCUUCAAGCUCUCCUCCACCACCCCGGACCUGACUGUCACCUUCCAUUCUGACCCGGCGGGGCUCGUCUUUGGGAAGGGAGAAGGCUUCAUCAUCAACUACAUGGAGGUCUCCCGAAACGACUCCUGUCCGGACCUGCCGGAGAUCCAGAACGGCUGGAAGACGACGUCCCAUGUUGCUCUGGUGCGAGGAGCUCGGAUCACCUACCAGUGUGAUCCUGGUUAUGACCUGGUGGGACGAGAGACUCUCACCUGUCAGCUGGACCUCUCCUGGAGCUCCCAGCCCCCCUUCUGUGAAAAGAUCAUGUACUGUUCAGACCCCGGCCAUGUGGAGCACUCCACCAGGUCUCUGUCUGACCCGAAACUGCUGGUGGGCACAACCAUCCAGUACAGCUGCAACCCCGGCUUCAUCCUGCAGGGCGGCGCCACCAUCACCUGCUACGGCCGUGAGCCGGGGACACCUGUGUGGACAUCUCGACUCCCUCACUGUGUUUCCGAGGAUUCUGUUUCCUGUGAGAACCCAGGCCUUCCUGAUAACGGCUACCAGAUCCUUUCCAAGAGGCUGUACCUGCCUGGCGAGUCACUCACCUUUGUUUGUUACCAAGGUUACGAGCUCAUAGGAGAGAUUGCAAUUAAAUGCAUCCUUGGAAACCCGUCAUUUUGGAGCGGCCCACUUCCACUCUGCAGGGCCAACCAUGACUGCUUUGGCAACCAUGCUUUGGAAGUUGCAGAGGCGACGGCAGGCUCCCCUCUGGAUGGGGGAAACAUAGCGCUGGCCAUCUUCAUCCUGGUUCUGCUGCUGUUGGUGCUGCUGGGAGGGGCGUAUGUCUACGUCACACGGUGCCGAUAUCACUCCAAUCUGAGGCUGCCUCUCAUCUACCCCCACCCCUACCGACAGAUCACUGUGGAGACAGAGUUUGACAACCCGCUCUAUGAGACAGGAGGACAGGACACUCGUGAAUAUGAAGUAUCAAUAUGAAAAGUCUUAUAAAAGACCGAUCGCCUCGUGCUACGUCUUCAUCUUCCCCACCUGCCCCUCUCCGCCCUGGAGGAGGCGAUGUAAAUACAAAUAAUGAUGUCUGGCCCCUUCUGCCACAAGAUGCAGUGACUGAUCCUGUUCUCUCCUCCCUCGAUGUGACAGCUUUUGUGGACAUGAAAUGGGAGAAGAAAUGUGGAGCAAGCAGGAGGUAAACGGUAGUCGUAUGGACUGGUGGGGGAUGAUGGGGGAUGAUGGGACAUGAGGACAGAGGGAGAAGAUCCAAAUAUCAUCUGGGAACAUCACACAUGAUGAAAAAUGAGAUGAUGAGUGUGAUAUGGGACAAGAAGAGGUUACGGAGGGGGGAAGGGGAAGGAGUCUGGGUAGGAUGCAGCAGGAGGGACGGAGAAUGAGGGGAUCAAAACAUUUUCUGAUAUUUUUUUUCUCAAUUGUACAUAAUUUAUUAGAAUCCUGGAAGCUAGAGGCAUCAAGACUUUCAUUUAAUUGAGGCUCAUUUUUAUACAACCGAUUAUUUUCCUGCAGUAAAACAUGAAAGUAUUUGUAGUUUGUUUUUUUUUUCUUUGUUUGUUUUGUUUUACUGGCACAGUCCUCCAUUUCUGUGUUUAAUUCAGCUGAAUUCUAUGCAGGCGUGUUGUGGAGCCCCUGCACAUGUUCAGGUUCAGGUCCUGGCCAUGCUCUUCCACCCUUCACUCAAAGAGGUUGCAAAUAUGAAAGCUGUAUUUCUUAAAUAAAAGAUCUUGUGUUGCAAUACAUCAACUGUCCUAUGAAACAAAUGAUCAAAAAGCAGGAGUUUAACAGCUUCACUCUACACAGGAAGUGCAUUUCUUUGGUGUUAUGGUGGUACUUAAUUCUGGUACUGCAUCCAUGAAUCUAGUAAGUCCAAGCAAUCUAAAUUUUAUGACCAGAGGGUAUGUAAGGAUCGAUGUGAAAAUCCUCUUACCCUCCAGUUUACUGCAUCCAACUCUAUGCUGAGGGCACCAAACUCUGAGGUUAAUGACUUUCUGAGAAUGUAUUAAUCACAUUCUCCAAACCGAUUACAACUACAGGUGUGUGUGGUGUUUGCAGCUUUUCCGUGUUAGAAGAAGAGUUCACAGCCUGUGGCAGAAACUGUUGAGCUGUCAUUCUUGGAUGUUCAAUCUUGAAGAAUCUCUACUGAAAUGGUCUCACUUUGUCUUUUUACCAGCCUCAGGACUGCAGAUGGAAAUCAACAUUUUUUGCUAUAAUUAUGCAUUUUUAGUAGUGAUGUUUAUUAACCUUUUUUAAAAAAAAAAAAUCACAGAUUUAACAGAAAUCUAUUUUUAUUUUACUGCUGAAAAUUCUGGCUUUGUAAAACAUACCUCAAUAAUUAAGAUAAAAUAGCUGUAAUAUAAUUUGAAUCAGUCACUGAGUCGGUGUGUCUUUCCUGAAGAAAUGCUUGAACGCUUCUUGCUCUAUGGCAAGCUGCAUCAACAUCUAGAAAAAUGGGCUCAGCAUCAUCAAACCUUCUUUGGAUGGAUGGAAUUAGAAAAAUGCGUAUUUACCGUUUAUUUAAAGACGUGGUAGUGACGGCCGUCUCUGGUUCUUUACCUGACAUGAACCCAAACAUCACCUAAUAUGAUGGAAAUGUGUUUGGUUUCUUCAAGACGUCAUCUUUAGCAGUGGAUCUUUUCAGUGUAGAUUGAUUAUUUGUCCUGAAUUUCCCUUUCAUCCAAUCAUCCACAGACUAACUGCUUCUCUUCAGCCUGCUGCAACCCUGUUUUCUUCUGGUUAGUUCUUACUGGUGGUUUAUGUUUGGCUUUUCUCAUCUUCUUGGCUGCUCUCUUACAUUUUGCUCACAAACAUCGACUCCUAUUUCUGCUCAUUUGCUUUUCGUUACUUUGGUGGAACAUUUUUUAUUUUCAGGCAUUUUCUUGGAGUUUUCUGUCCUGAUGCUUUGACGUCUUCAUGUUUCCCUUUUACAACCUUCCCAUUCUUUUUCUUUUACUGUGCUUUAUAGACACACCAGACUGAAACCAAGCACAUCUUUUCCUACAUGUUGUGUUGAGUUACCCUCUACAAGGAAUUUUGAGAUUCUUUCUUUUGCAUCAACUGGCAGCUCGCUUGUUGCUUCCUGUCAAUCAUGCUUGGGGACUCAUUUGCAUAAUAAAAGGCCUUAUUACAAGGC